CUCUCUGAAAAAGAUAAGAAAUCAAAUAAGUUUCAAACAAGCUCUUUAACUAUCAUUACUCUGAGAUGUCUGAUGCCAAGAGAACUGGGGAAGAAAGCAGAGGCCUAAUGAAGCUUGAGCAUUUCAUUAGAAAACUUCAGCUGGUUCUCUCACUCGUACCAUCUAAAAGGAUGGUGGUUCAGGAUGAUGUUGAGUAUGAUGAAGAACUGGAAGCAGCAACAAUGGUGCCGGAUGAUGUAAAGGAAGGCCAUUUUGCAGUCUGGGCGGUUAUGGGUGGAGAGCCAAAGAGGUUCAUUGUUGAUUUGUGCUACCUUACUAAUCCUGCAUUCUUAAGGUUGCUGGAGCAAGCUGAAGAAGAAUAUGGAUUUGAACAGAAGGGAACUCUUGCAGUCCCUUGUCAACCGGAAGAGUUACAGAAGAUUCUGCAACCCAGGAGAGAGCCAACUGCAAUGGCUAGAAGGUGGGCUACCUGUAAAUUAUAAUGCCAUCACUAGACAAAGUUGCAAGAAGAAUAUAUAUAUAUCUAUUCUUGUAUUCUUUUUAGAUAGCUUCUCCAAGUUGGUUGUUCUUGGUUUCUUGGAGCAGGUAUAAUCAUAGUACUUCUCUGAUUAUUUCCUCUUUUGUUAAAAGUUAGCAUUGAUCUGUAAUCUUCUGUUCAAAAGACAUAAUGAAUUGUGAAU